AUGCGGCAACAUGACAGAAUUGAAGUAUCAUCAGAUGGCGGAAAAGACAAGAACGAGAUGAGUCUCAUCAAACAACUCGAACAGAUUUCAAGUGUCAUUGUCAAAGCUCCAAACCUUCCAUCGACCAGCACAAUGCACAUAAAAAUGGAGGAUGGACAAGAGGAAUCGGGUCCGAUAGUCAUUCAGGGACAAGGUUCAUCAGAAGAUUCAUCUCCAGGAGUGAAACAGAAAGUAGUCGGAGUCGUUCAAUAUGUAAUCUGUCAACUGUGUCCGGAAGAAGAACAGAAAUCAAUGGAUCUGUCGAAUCAACAGCAAAUGGAAGAACAUUUCCUUGAUAAACACGUGGAUAAGGAGAAGAGAAAGUGUGAAGCAUGUCCAUCGGAUCAGUUUCAGCCACAUAAUAUUGGACAGCAUUAUAGAUUACAUACUAAUAGUGUAUACGCAUGUCAGCACUGUGGAAAACGUGGACGACGCAACUAUCUGAUGUCACAUGUUCGAACGCAUACCGGAGAGAGACCGUAUAGUUGUGACACCUGUUCAAAAUCGUUCUCCGACGCGUCAACUCUCCGCCGUCAUCGUCUCGUACACACUGGCGAAAAGAAGUAUCAGUGUCCGGUGUGUGGACGGGCGAUCGCUCGAAAAGAUAACGUGAAAGUGCACAUUCGAAGUCACGGAAUACACGUUUAG